AUGGGAAUCCCGCUCGAGGUGUACGACCGUCUGGCCGUCAACGACGGUCCGUUGACCCCUGAAAAUGUGAAGCUCCUGCGGCAGUCUGACCCCAGUCUGCCGAUGGAGGAGCUCCGCAAGCGCUACGAGGAGGAUGGCUACUUGUUUCUCAAGGGCCUCCUCCCGCGGGAGGACGUGCUCAAGGCCCGGGAGCGGUAUUUCGAAAUGAUGGCUCCAACGGGCGUCCUGAAGGAGGGCACGAAGCCGGUCGAGGGUAUCUUUAACGACAAGAGAUCGCCCGACGACUUCCCGGGCAUCGGCUCCGGCGCAGCGGGGAUGAACGGGCGUCCUGGCGGUGAAAGCGCAGCGCAGUUCGUGGACCUGGCCAUCGAGGCGCACUACAAGGACUGGUACGCGGAGGAGUUUUGCAGGCACCCGGCUUUGCACGACUUUGUUGCCAGGUUCACGGGCUGGGGAGAGAAGACGCUGGGACUGCGCCGAUCUCUGCUCCGCAAUAAUGUCACCGGGACCAAGCCCAUCGGGGUGCACUACGACCAGAUCUUCCUGCGGCAUGGCGAGCCGACCAGUGUGACGGCGUGGGUGCCCAUUGGCGACAUUAAGAUCACCGGAGGAGGCUUGAUAUACCUGGAGAAUGGUAUGACUCUUUUCCUGAACGACCUGUCCAUUCCUCUAACCACAGUCGUAGGCGAUCCCGUGGGCGUCCAGAUCGAAGAGGAGUUCACGCGCAAAGCGAAGGUGGCCGGCUUUACGGAGGAGGAGGCGAAGAGCGCGUUCAACAGCAACAUGAUGGCGACGGGCCUGCUGUCGGAGAAGCCGGCCGAGUUUGCGCGAGAGCACAACCGGUGCUGGCUGGUGGCCGAGUAUGAAGCUGGCGAUGUGGUCCUGCACAAGCCGCAUAUGAUCCAUGCCUCAACCAUAAACAAGGACCCCGACAAUGUCAUCCGCCUGGCAACGGACCUGCGCUUCGUCGAUUCGUCGAGGCCGUACGAUAAGAGGUGGAACAGAUACUACGAGGUGGGAGAUGCAUGCGCCUGGAUCUACCUGCACGAAGCUGACAACCUGCUCAGCGAUCCGUGCCGUCUCCUCCACUACAAAUUGGACUUCGUGCUCGAGCCGGGGAGUAAUGGACAAUCCCCGCUGGACGGCGCUGCGGCGAAUGGGUCUCAACGGUGGGAGAGUACGACGUCCCCUGAGUCAGACCCUGUCGCAAGCAGACACGUUUCGAAUCAUCUCGCUGGAGUACGAACAGAUAAUAGCGAGCAAUCAAGGAUCCCGUCACAAGGCCUUGCGAACCCCUCGCAGGUUGGCGAACCGCCACCAGCACAGACAUUACCUGCCGAUAAUGUCCCUUUACAAUUGACUCGCUCAGUGGGAUAUCAAAUAGAUGGCCGCAGACGUUCGAAAACGCGGACUUGGCCGCUGAGGGAUCCGCAGGAGGCGCGUCUUCUGCAGCAUUUUGUGGAUAAAGUCUCUCCUUUCUUCGACUGCUCUGAUCGCGAGAGGCAUUUUGCCAUUCAUGUCCCCCACCGUGCCAGAUACUGCGAGACGCUGUUCAACGCCAUUCUGGCCAUGUCUGCACGGCAUUUGAGUCGCACGACCUCAUUCGAUCCGUUUGUUUCGGAUCAUUACUACCACGAAUGUCUCGAGACGCUCAUCCCUGCACUCGACGACCAAGAGGUUGCCACGGAUGACGAUCUUCUCGCUGCGACGGUCAUCUUGCGCCUGUUGGAAGAGUUUGACGUUCCAAUCGCAGGAUCCGAUCUUCGGGGCCACUCCUUUGGGACGAAAGCAUUCAUCCAAGCCCAGCGAGCAGAUAUAAUCACUCCCAGCCUCCGCCAAGCGACGUACUGGAGCGGCCUGCGUCAGGAGAUCUACAGCUCCCUCAGCCUGCAACGCCCGCCCGACAUCGAGCUCAGCGCGCACAAAUCGGACAUCAACCUGCUGGCCAACGACGCCGAUGACUGCGUGUGGGCGAACCAGGCCAUCGCGCACUGCGCGGACGUGCUGCUGUUCUGCUACGGAGAAGCGCGACGCUCGGCGACGGUGCAUGCGGAGCUGCUGAGGGAGAAUCGGCGGUGGAGGGAGAGCAGACCGCCGUCGUUCGACCCGUACUUUGUGGAUGAUGGGGACGCGGUGUCUCGGACGGGGUUUCCGGAUAUCAAGAUGCAUGCUGAUUGGCAUGGUCAGUCCUGUCAUCUCAUUAUCAGACUCUAG